UAAUCCAUUAUUCGAUUUAUGAAUUACGAAUUUAAUUUUUUUGAAUUAGCCAUCGAUUCGUGAGUCUAGCAAUCUGAUCCGUAUGAAUCGGAUCGGAUUCGUGAAUUUUUUGUUCACCCCUAAUAUGUAUUUUAAUUUCUUGAGUUAUCAAAUUAUUUUUGCAGUUAUAAUGGAUUUAAUUUUUGUUUUCGGUCUUCACUUGUGUCUGAGAGAGGAGUGUGUAGCUAAAAAUCUUUUUUGGGAUUGCGAAGAUUUCAAAACCAUAUUUAAUACAUCCACACAUUUACAAAUAAUACUAAAAUGUGGCCUCCACCUGCUUUUAUUACAAUUUAUUACUCCUGGUUGGCACCUACUUUUAUUACUAUUUAGUCCUAAAAUGUGGAAUAACAUGAUUUUCAACACCAGAAAUUUAUUACUCCUGGUUGGCACGUGUCGUAUUUCAACACCAGAAAUUACUAAUCCCUCACAAUCUUGCUUUUAAAAAUUCAAAAAAAAAAAGGAAAUACCUGCUUGACUAGUAGAUAAAGACGAAAUUACCCUUCCCAGUAAAGAUUCCUCAAAUAAUAGAUACCACAUGUCACUUGUGUAGAUUGCACCUAAUACCAAAUAAUUUUUGCUAGAAAAAUGUGCACAAACAAGAUUGAAACUGUCGGCGACCAAAUCUUGACAUGAUUGAACUGAAAGUGAUACUUUCUCAUAUUCGGGCAGAGAGAGUGCGUCAAAUGUGUUUUUUGGCAAGUCAAUUUGAAAAAAAAAAAAAAAAAAAAAAAAAAGGGCUGGAGCUGAUUUCCCAAACCAACAUAAGAACAUCUAAUUUUUGGUCUGGAUAUUCGUCCUCUGCCGAGGCCGGCAUCAUGGAAGAGCUGGGCCUUUCUACUGCACAGUACUCAAUUUUUGGUUCGGUAUUGACCAUUGGAGGGAUGUUAGGUGCAAUAAUAUGCGGCAAAGUAGCUGAUCUGAUUGGCCGGAGAUUUACUAUGUGGCUCUUGGAUAUAUUUUUCCUCGUGGGAUGGCUAGCAAUAUAUUUUGCAAAGGGUGCUCUGUUGCUUGACUUUGGAAGGCUGUCGCUAGGGUUUGGAAUUGGCCUUCUUUGUUAUGUGGCCCCUGUAUACACAGCAGAAAUCACACCCAAGAAUAUUCGAGGAGGAUGUACAGCAGCUAGUCAGUUGAUGACGUGCUGUGGCUUAUCACUAGUGUUUUUCAUUGGGAACCUCAUUAAUUGGCGCACAUUGGCUCUCAUCGGAACUAUACCAUGUGUGCUACAAGUUGUAGGCCUAUUCUUCAUACCAGAGUCUCCAAGAUGGUUGGCAAAAGUUGGUCGAGAAAAACAGUUAGAAGCUUCUUUACGACGCCUAAGGGGAAAAAAUGCCAAUAUUUCUGAAGAAAUGACUGAGAUCAGAGAUUACACGGAAAUGCUUCAAAGUCUCUCUGAAUCCAAGUUCUUAGACAUGUUCGACUGGAGAUAUGCUCAUGCAUUAACUGUCGGGGUCGGGCUUAUGUUACUGGUACAACUUGCUGGUACCAGUGGGGUUUCAUUUUACGCAAGUUCGAUUUUCAAAGCUACUGGUAGCUCAGUUACUGUUGGAACUACGGCAAUGGCUAUUAUUCAGAUUCCAGCUUCUGCUUCGAGUGUAUUCUUGAUGGAUACAUUUGGACGACGAUUCCUUAUGAUGGUAGCUGCGGCUGGGGCAUGCUUCGGAAGCUUCAUUGCAGGAUUGGCACUCCUUUUGCAGGAUCUUCAUCAACAGGAGGAGGAGUUCACUUCCACAUUGUUGUUGAUUGGCAUACUGAUAUAUUUUGGAUGUUUUGCAAUGGGCAUGGGUAAUACACCAUGGGUUAUAAUGUCAGAGAUAUUUCCUAUAAACAUAAAAGGUUCAGCUGGAAGCCUAGUGACUUCGGUCAACUGGCUCAGUUCUUGGGUUGUUUCUUAUGCUUUUAACUUCUUAUUUGAUUGGAGUUCAGCAGGAGUAUUCUUCAUAUUUGGAAGCAUGUGUGCUUUAAUUGUUCUAUUUGUUUACAAGAUGGUGCCAGAAACCAAGGGACGAACACUCGAAGAAAUACAAGAAUCUAUGAUACAUCUCAAAUAAGAAACCCAAUUCAUCCUCACAAUCAAAAUUUAGUGAGAUUUAAUGAUUGUUGUUAUGCCCUAAAAAUCAAGUCUAAUCUUUCUUCUUUUCUUUUUUUUUUCUUUCCCUUGAUGUAAAAUAAUUUUAUUUGUAUAAUAAAUGUGAUUCAUAUUUAAAACA